AAAAAAAAAAAAAUCAAAAUUAAGUUGACAGAGACUGACGAGGCAGCCAUAGCUAAAACAAGAAGCUUCAGAGUCUUAAAGUGUCGGUUUCCAAAUUGGGAAAUCCGGCAGUCAAGCUUAGCUUUUUGUACUUCCGAUCCUUCCCUAAUCCAAAAAGUUGAGACCCAAAUGAUCAUCAAAACAGCCACCGCGGCUUUCCUAGCCAUACUCACCUCCUUCACCUUCCUCCUCUUUUCUCCGACCCCAAAAUCCUCCUACCACUCCCUCUUCAUCUCCGACUCCCUCUCCUCCAACACCUCGAUCUCCCGCCACCUCCACACCCUCACGCGCCGCCCCCACGUCGCCGGAACCCCCGCCAACGCCGCCGCCGCCGCCUACGUCCUCUCCAUCUUCACCUCCUCCAAUCUCCUAUCCCGCAUCACCCCCUACCACGUGGCCCUCACUUACCCCAUCUCCCGCUCCCUAAGCCUAACCCCUUCACCUUCAUCACCACCCAUCACUUUCGACCUCCAACAAGAAACCUACCCCGGCGACCCUUACGCUGACGUGGCAGCCGAGGUCCUCCCCACUUUCCACGCUUUUGCCAAGUCCGGGGAUGUCACCGGUCACGUGGUUUACGUCAACUACGGGAGGGUAGAGGACUAUGAGACACUGAAGAAAAUGGGAGUCAACGUUUCUGGUACAAUCGUGUUGGCUAGGUAUGGGGAGAUUUAUAGAGGGAGCAUAGUGCAGAUUGCUUAUGAGCAAGGGGCGGUUGGCACUUUGGUGUAUACCGAUAGGAAGGACUACGGCGGAGGAGGCGGAGGGAGGUGGUUUCCGGAGGAGAAGUGGCUGCCGCCGAGUGGGGUACAGGUGGGGACGGUUUACAAUGGGAUAGGGGACCCGACUACGCCGGGGUGGGCGAGUAGUGAAGAGUGUGAGAGGCUUUCUGAUGAGGAAGUGGAGAAGGGUGGGGAUUUGACUUUGAUACCUUCACUGCCUAUUUCUGGUGCUGAUGGUGAGACUAUUUUGAGGGCCAUUGGAGGACAGGUGGCGAAUGAUGAUUGGCAGGGGAGUGGGGAUGCCCCAACUUAUAGGGUUGGUCCAGGGCCUGGGGUUGUACAUCUUAGUUACGCUGGGAAGCAAGUUAUAGAACAGAUUGAGAAUGUGAUUGGUGUCAUAGAAGGUGAAGAAGAACCUGAUAGAUUUGUCAUUCUAGGUAAUCACCGGGAUGCAUGGACAUUUGGAGCUGUUGACCCAAAUAGUGGCACUGCAGCACUGCUAGAGAUUGCUCAAAGAUUGGGGAAGUUGCAGGAAAAAGGGUGGAAACCUCGACGCACAAUAAUCUUGUGCAAUUGGGAUGCUGAAGAAUAUGGCCUGAUAGGAUCAACUGAAUGGGUAGAAGAAAACAGAGACAUGCUAGCUUCGAGGGCUAUUGCUUACUUGAAUGUUGACAGUGCAGUAUAUGCGCCAGGAUUCUGGGCCUCUGCCACUCCACAGCUUGAUGAACUUCUUAAGCAAGCUACUCAACAGGUCAAAGAUCCUGAUAACUCAUCACAAACUCUCUACCAAGCAUGGAUUGGUUCCAGCAGUUCUCCUACAAUUGGCAGGUUGGGAAGUGGAGAAUCUGAUUUUGCAGCUUUUGUUCAAUAUAUUGGAAUUCCGUCAGCUGACAUGGCAUUCGGUAAAGGAUACCCAGUAUACCAUUCCAUGUAUGAUGACUUUGUAUGGAUGGAAAAAUUUGGUGAUCCUUUCUUUCAUAGGCAUGUUGCAGUGGCAAGUUUAUGGGGUUUGAUAGCUCUUUGGCUAGCAGAUGCAGAGUUUGUGCCUUUUGAUUAUACAUCCUAUGCGCUGGAGCUACAGAAAUACAUGAAGGAUUUGGAAGUCGAGAUCUCAGAUAAGAACAUAAACCUAACUCCUCUGUUCAAGUCCAUUGAGGAGCUCAAAAAAGCAGCCACAAUAAUCAACAACCAGAGAAGGGAAAUAGAACAAAACGAAGGUUGGCCUUCAAUAUGGAAGAAAGAUCAUUUCAAGGUGAGAGAGCUCAAUGACAGACUAAUGAUGGCAGAGCGUGCGUUUACAGAUCAAGAUGGUCUAUUCGGAAGGUCAUGGUAUAAGCAUUUGAUUUAUGGGCCCUCAAGGAAUGAUGAUUACGGAUCUAAAUCGUUACCCGGCGUAGAUGAAGCCAUUGAAAAGGCAAAGAGACUGAAUACAGCAGAGUCAUGGAAAUUUGUACAACAUGAAGUUUGGAGGGUCGCUAGAGUUGUGAGACGUGCUGCAAAAGUCAUCAAUGGUGAUCUAACAUGAUAGGCUGAUAGCUAAUGAGACAUGCCGACUGAAACAGAUCGAUUUCAAAUGAUAGCUUGUAUAAUGUUUUAAUCAGAUAUCUCCAUGUACAAAGGAGGUUCUAGUUGGAUCUCUAAAUUUGCUAUUUGGACAUCUUCUACUUAUUGGACCCCUAAUUCACUUU